UUCCACAAAAUGCGGCCAAGGAAAAAUGCCCUCUCUGAAACUAACCCAGAUGUUACCGGUGAAAAAAUCAAAUAAGCAGCAUCAUACUGCAGCAAAAAGUGAAGAGGAAGAAGGAUAUAGCGAAGAUGAAAGUGAAGAUGAAAGGGAAAAAGAAGUGCCAUUUCAUGAAACAACAAGAGGAGAAGCUCAAGAGGAAGAAAGUAGAGUUAUUGAUGACGCCGAUGGAAGAAGACUGCCAGAAGAUGGUGAAGGAGAUAGUGGUAACGAUGACAAUGGGGAACUACUCAAGGAAAUGCUUAAUGGAACUGUUGUUGAACUGGCCAGACCAACAUUCUCAGAAACUUCUACUAUGGCAAUACCGCUCAUUUCAGCUGAGGAAACAUUAGUGUUUCAUAUUACGAAAGAGGAACUUACAGGUAAUUUCUUCUAUGCCACUAAAUAGUAGCUGUAGAAAUAAAACACUGCUAUAAGUGUUGACAUCAAGCUACUCCAUCUAGCGACCAAACUCAAAAGCUCUUAACUAAGAUUCGUUUUUUCUCCUCAUGGCUUACUCUCGUCUCUCUCUUUUCUUCUCAUCUUGUGUUCUCUGUAUCAUAUAUCUAGUAAACAUCUCUCUUGUAGAGAGUAAUCAGGUUAUAAACUACAAUUGAACUUGGCAAGCUUUACACAUUCAUUGAGCGUUUCAACUCAAUAAUAAGUACCCGCUAUU